AACAUCAACAAACUACGAGAUGAUUCAGAAGUGUGCGAGUGUGUUGAAGGAAUCGGUCGACAGCAAACGGCAGAAUUUGAACUAAACUGAAAACAGAUUUUGACGAACCGUAACAGAGUAUCAUGGAUAUGUUCUGCUGAGGCGGGAGCACUGUACUUACUGAAGAUAUCACCUGUUCUCAGAGGUUUUAUUCGUAUAAAAACAGAAAAUGCUGGAUAAAAGGAUUGUUGACCUGCGUUCCGAUCAGCUUGAAGGCGUGAGAGCAAAAAAUGUUAAGGAGCACUUUGAGAAGCAAUACAAGAUGGGAUCUCUUCUGGGAAGCGGCGGGUUCGGUUCUGUGUUCUCCGGACAACGCAUUUCAGACGGACUACAAGUCGCUAUCAAACAAAUAUCCCGAGAUAGAAUUCAGCAGUGGGCCAGUCUGCCUGGUACAGCAAUCAAAGUCCCCAUGGAGAUUGCUCUCCUCCUGCGUCUCGGUGGAGAGUCGGGGUCGCUACCCGGUCACCGCGGCAUCAUCCGGAUGCUCGACUGGUUUGAGAUGCAGGGUCAGGGAUACCUCAUUGUGUUUGAGAAACCUCAACACUGCCAAGACCUGUUUGACUUCAUCACUGAACGUGGGGCCCUGGAGGAGCCCAUUGCACAGAGAUUCUUCAGACAGGUCAUUGAAGCCCUGCAGUUCUGCCACUCCAAGGGAAUUGUGCACCGGGACAUCAAAGAUGAGAACAUCCUUGUAGACACCCGCACCGGAGACAUUAAAAUCAUUGACUUUGGAUCUGGUGCUCUACUGAAGGACUCCAUUUACACUGACUUUGAAGGGACCAGAGUCUACAGCCCUCCAGAGUGGAUCCUCCAACAGUGUUACAGCGCUCGUCCACUCACCGUGUGGUCACUGGGUGUACUUCUGUUUGACAUGGUGUGUGGAGACAUUCCCUUUGAGCGGGAUGCCGACAUUGUAAAUGCCACUCCGAGUUUCACUAAACGCAUCUCCAAAGAAUGCCAGUCUCUGAUUCACUGGUGCCUGGCAUACAGGCCGGAGGAUCGGCCUAGUCUGGAGCAGAUUUUGCAGCAUCCUUGGAUGAUGGAGAGCACUGAGGACAUUGGAGAUUUGCAAGCGGAAAGCAAUAUUAAGCCAAGCCUUUAAAUCCUGAAGGACUCUGGACUCGAUUCAGAGAUUUCACACACACUGUUUGGUUUUACACACUGGACUCUCUGAACUCUAGUUUCUGGCUUCUGGAUUCUUCCUUAUUUAUUUUUGUUUGUUUGGCUGCCUUUAAUGUUCAUUUCAUUUGGACUUGGGAUCUAUGCUUCAAGAUGCCCAGAAUAGCCCUGGAUUGCUGCAGGUUUACUUUAGGAAUUAAUAUUUCCCACGACUACAACCAUCACAGCUCAGUGCAACUGUUUUUAUUUAUUGCGGAUUAUUUAUUUUUUUCAGCCAUGUAAUAAUUUAUUUUUGCAAGAAUUUCAGAAGCAGUAAACUGUGUUCGUCUUGACUGUUUUCUAACUGACUUAAAUGACAGUAGAUGGACUUGCAGUUAUUUACCAGACUGCCAUGAUACCUGGUUUUACAGGUUUCUGUAGUACAGUGACAUUCUCUCCCUGUUCUAAGGGUUUCAAAAAGAUCUUGGAUCUGCUUUCCAGUC